GGUCCAUGCUUAAUUCUGUCUGUCAAUAAUACUAAAACAAAUAAAAGCUGUGCGGACAAAAAGGGUCUUACAAAGCAAUAUAACACAGUAACACCAUUAAGUAACACGGUGACGCAGAUCAAGUGACAAAGACGGCGCCUUAACAAUUUCACGGUAUACAUCAACGAAACAUGAGAGACAUGCUUGGGUCUGUGAUGAAGUUGUGGAGGAGAACGCUUCUCCUUGCUUUCCUGCUUGCAAACUGUACAUCGAAGCAAGAAAGGUCGUCACAAACACAAGGACAAAAGCUCCGCUGUUACAAAUGUUUUUCACCAGAAUCAUGGAGUAACUGCCGAGAAAAUCUAACAGCAGUUGAGUGCACUCGCCAAGGAGACAUUUGUUAUAAGAUUAAGCGAACAAGGUGGGUUAGAUCCGAAACAGAAAAACUGGAAGUGAGUUACGCCAUGGGUUGCAAUGUUCCUGAAACAUGUUCAGGCGAGGAAUGCAAAGAACAAGAAUGGCACUGUGACCUCUCUUGUUGUAACACAGACUUCUGUAACGGAACUGUCCGAAUGCCAGGAACCUUGUUUUUUAUCAUCGCAUCCUUGCGUUUCUCAUUCGAAUUCAUAAUUUAUUUUUAGAUUGACAAUUUAAAAUUCAGUGUCUUGGGUAAACUGGUUUAAAACGGGUAUUAGAGCGUAUUUCGAUUGAAUAACAUCAUAAGUCAUGAAAAUAUCAAAGAGAGCCGAUAAGAACUCAAGGCGAAACAGUCAAACCCUCCAAAGUGUUGGAAAAUGUGACUCCUGAUUUUUUUUACAUCUGAUUUGUGGUGGGAAGGGGUGCGCCAGUUUUCUAAACCGAUUUCUGAACGUAUGGUGCAAACACAAAGCAAUCACGGAUUGGUUUUAACCCUUGUUUCAAAAUUAAAGCGUUCAACCGUGAGACGCGAAAUACAAACUAAUCACGACUUGAUCAUGAACGCAUUCCGUGCUUAGUCACGUGCUUAGUCACGUGCUUAGUCACGUGCUUAGCACGUCAUGUGUACUUUCCUUGAGGUUUUUUUAUUGCUUUACGCUUUUGUUAACCUACAACCGUUAUAGCGGAGCUCGCGGAGCGUAGCCCAUUAUUAUACAAAAAAGUAGUAACCCAUCAAACUGAAAAAAUUAGGAUGUACGACCG